CGGACAGUUGGGACAUGGAGACUGUGAGGUGAAAAAUCAUUUUGUUUAAUACAGCUGUACAUUGCUAAAGAUAUUAAAGAUAAUAAUCAAAACAAUGGAGACCAAACAAGUAAACUCACUGUUGCCUAGAACAGCCGCCUUGCUUUUAGCCUGGUAAACAUGACAUUGUACAGGUUGUACGCGACAUUCAUUUUGGUUCAGCCCUUCAUGGUAAAACAUGGAAAUGAGUUGCUCAAUUCCAGUCCUAAACAGUUUGCAAUAAUAAUGGAAGCCUAAAUGGCCAAGCCUUUUAUGUAAUAGGCUAUUUUUGAGAUGCAAAAGCUCUCACUCUCAAAACAAGGCUGCAAAUUGCCUCAAUUUUAUUUGCAUGAGGAUAAAAAGUCAUUUUCAUAUCAAUGGCCUCACACUUAAUCUCACAUUCAAAAAAAGGCUUGGGGCAAUACUCCUAAACAGGGCUUCUGAUAUUUCGCGCGGUUGAGGAGUGAAAUUCAGUUAAAUCCGCUAAAUCCCGCCAAAUUCACAAAAACACGAAAAAUACCACGAAAUUCGAUAGAAAUCUUAUCAAAUACUUGUCUGUACAACAUAUUUGAAACUUAUUUCAGCUAUAGGGGCUAUUUACUUGCUGUAAACCUACAAAUUUGUCUUGGAACUUCGUCACUGAAACGUGCAAACAACGUCCCGAAACUACCAGGUGUAGAUUAUGUUGCGAAAAACUGGGCACUAGCCAUGAUGUUAAAGGCUUUGCCAUUGGUUCAUUUCUGGAGUGUAUUGUUGUUGAAAGAUGAUGACCUCUGUUAGAAAAACGUUAAAAAUGCUGGUCUGCUCUGCACAAACCGAUCGAUUUCUAGUGAAAUUUGCCUUGAAAAUAACCACAAAAUUGGCUGUUUUUACUGAUUGCUUUUUGGUAAAGUUUGCCCCAAAAUCUCCCACGAAAUUCCUGCGAAAUUGGAUGAUUUUUCUGCCAAUUUGUCCCUAAAAAUCCCGCGAAAUUUGACAUUUUCUUCUGUGACCUGGCAGAGGCCCUGUCUUAAAUGUCCUAUUUUCUAAAAAAACAAAAACUCUCUCUGAAGGUAAUUGUAAUUUUUCUGAUUUUCUUCAUAGAAUUCCAAUUUCCCUAAAGCAAUAGAAUCUUUAGCAGAUCAGCAAUACAAGGUCCUUGCUUGUGGAUCUGAUUUUACUGCAGCAGUCACUGGUAACUAUUAGCAGAGUCUAAUCCUGUUCUCCUUUUGUUUUACAUUUUUAGCAGUCACUAUUAAAAUGAUACAACAAAAAUGUAGAAUCAAUCACAAAAAUGACAACUAUUUAUUAAUUAUUAAUCAAUUUUAAUAAAAAUUAAAUUUUCAGUGAUAAGUGUAAAUUGGUUAAAAAUAAAUUGAAUAUUUGCAUAUGGCAUUGCUUGUCUCUUCAAGAGGUGACAAUGUACAUGUAGAGAGAGGAAGCGUGGCCAAGUUCUUUUUCUUUUCUGGACUAUACUUGAUAUACAGUGACUUGAUCUGUUUCCUUGCAUGAAGUCCUGGCCAUGGUAUCUCAAAAGUUAGAUAUCGUUUUCAAUGGGAUAUAUCGCAGGGGCACCCAAUGACUGUUUCCUGUAAAUUAUCUGUUCAAGGAAGCAAAUUUUGGCUAGAAUUUUCUAUUGCUUGAGGACAGCUAAAAAUUUGUACAUGACUGCUUCCAUUAAAGGCACAAUUUUCAAAGCUUAUCUAAUAAAUUCCCAAAGUUCUGAAGUUCAAUUUCUCACAUUUUUCUCCUGGCCAUGUUAGGCUGAUUUUCAUAAAAAACCUAAAGUUUUCAGAUUCAAAAAUGUGACGGAGAGAGUAAUAGAGUAAUAAGAAAAAUUCUCACUAUAUAAACCUUAAAUUGCAUCUAAAAUUUUUGGGAAAAUAAUACUGAAGCCCUUAUAAUUUCGAAAAGACAAGUUCCUCUAGGAUGAGGUCCCAGUAAGUAGAUGAAUGUUUUUUAGUGCUGCGUAGAAUGCAUUUCCAGAGAUCUAAAAGUACUCUGGACAGCCUAAAAAGAGUUUUCAAUGUAUUUUGGAGGAAACCGUCAUUGGGUGCCCCUGAUAUUGCUAUCCAGCUGCGAAUGAGGAUUGUGAAAACCAGUUGCCCUGCUCACUUGAUAGUUAUUUAUCUGGCCCGGGUUGUUCAAACAUUGGAUAGCGCUAGCUAUCCACCGGAUAAAUCGCCAUACAGUAAAUAUUAAGUAUUAGGGACAUCAAUUGCUUUAUCCACUGGGCCAGAGUUAAACUCCUUGAUCAUGUUUAGCCAAUUCCUUUGCCUUCUACAUGUUCCUACAAGUACCAUUAGGAAUUUUUUGUAAUUCAGUGCUUAGACCUAAACCCUACCUUAGCUUGGAUGACCAUGUAGAAAUGGUGCCAGUCUCAUCUGCAGUAGUACUUUACCCUUGAGGCUAGCCCCAAUAUCCACAUACAAAUUCUCCGCACUGAUUUCCAUGUUCCAGAAUGUGAUAAAAAAUCAAUGAAGUAAGAGAAAAAUUUUCUUAUCCAAUUGUCCCUGGGACAAGCACUAUAUUACAUGUAUGUUUGGUUGUCUGAAACCAAACAGUUCUUGUCCAAAAGUUUUGCCACGUUCCUAAGCCAAACGGAGCUCAUAAAAACAAAUGAAAUGGCUGCAGUAUGGCAAUUAAAAUGAAUAUUUAACCUUAUUUUGUCAAGUAUGAGGUUUGCUUUUAUGAGUGUCAGAUACAUUUUAAUUCCACUGUAAUUUGAAGUCAAUUUUCAACUGUUUCAAAGGUUUACCUGUCCGAACUAAAUUUAUACCUGUCCCAGGCAAUUGGACAUAGGUUUUGGCACACCCUGAUCAAGGUAUUUUACCUUUGGUGAUCAUUUUAUUAAUUCUCGUGACCUUGUCUUGUGAUGGUGUAUGGAUAUUGUUAGGAGAAAAUUGAUGUUGGUCACUCUUGGCACUCAAAGGGUUCACUUAUGGUAAAAAAACAUCGACCAGAGUACUUUAUUUUUGAAUACUUUCCUAGCUGAAGGAGAGUUGUUCACAUGGGGAUCUAGUAGUGAAGGUCAAACAGGCCAAGGAGAUGAAGACUGUGCAGUACCCACUAAGGUGCAUCUGAGGGGCAAGGUAGCAGCUGUCGCCUGUGGUUAUUAUCACAUGGCAGUAGUUACUGGUGAGUUACAAUUGUGGUGAAUUUACUGAUAGUUACUGCAUGAAGACUGUCUUAUUCAGCAUUUUGAUUAUAGAAUAUCUUCACGUUCUUGAAAAUUAUUUUGCAUACCAUAUAAUCAGCUCAUUUGGAUAUUCAAAACAGAGGAAUUUUGUUUAUAAUAACUGCAAUUGGGUGUAUUUUCAAAUAGUAUCAGUCACAUGAAAUUGUCUCAAUGUUUUAAUGUUCAUGGAACAAGACUGUAUUCUAAGAAUUGUAGGGCACCCAGAAGUUCUAAACAAAACAACGUGAUAAUUUACAUGUAUUGUGUUAUAUUCUGUUAAGUCCAGUGUACCUAUGUGUACACCUCCCUUAAAGGCAAAUCCAUGGCUGUUACUAUGGUACAACCCAAACCUGUAUUACAGAUUUUUCCUGACUUUACAAUGACCUUGAAAACAUUUUUUUGAGGCUUUCAAGUGUAUAUAGUAAUUAUACUCUGAUAAUCAGGGCCGAGUUGUUCAAAGCUGGGUUAAGAUAACCCAGGGUUAGUGUGAGAUUUGAAUUCAGAUUUGAAAGCUUAAAAAGCAUUUCAGUUUUAAUUCUUUUUGUCUACAAGUUGAUGAUUGGAAGCUGUUAAAAUAACGGAGAAAGUUAUCCGAGAAAAUGCUUUUGAAAACAAGAAAAAGGAACCAGGGUUAAUUUUAACCCCGGGUUAAGCGCUAAUCAGCCUUCGAACAACUGGGCCCUGAUCUUUGCUGUACAGAAAAAGAUUUGCAUGAAUGUUCUUUGCCUUUGUGAUGUUAUGCUGUACAGCCCUGUAUGGCUUUUUAACUGCCUGUUUUGUGUCUUUUAAUCUUAGAUGAUGGCUCUUUGUACACAUGUGGAGAAAAUGAUAGUGGAAAGCUAGGACUGGAUGAAUCACAACUUAGAGACACUUCAGAGCUUCAAAAGCUAUUCAUAAAUGAACGGGUUACUGCUGUUGCAUGUGGUGGGAAUCAUACUGCAGUAGUCACAGCUAGAGGAAAAUUAUUUACUUUUGGACAAGGUGACCAUGGCCAACUUGGUCAUGGAACUUCAACGUUAGAAUGUACCUCACCUAAACAAGUGACUAGUCUAGGAAAUGUUCACGUUAAAUUUGUAGCUUGCGGCGAGUCUCACACAGCCAUUGUAACUAAACAUGGAAAUCUUUAUACUUGUGGAGAUGGAAGACAUGGAAAGCUAGGAAUGGGAGAAGAAUCAUUUUCCAAUUUAUUCAGACUUGAAAAAGUGAAGAGAUUUGAUGGUUUUACCGUUGAAAAGGUUGCAUGUGGUGGAUGUCAUACACUUGUUACUGCAUAUAAAACAUCUGAGGUCACUGAUGGUACAGACAGUGAGGCUGAAGCUGAAAAGGAUAUGCUUUCAGCCUCAAUUUCUUCUACCAGAAGCCUUCAGGAUGCUGUGGAUGGCCCACCGGGUCCCAGGGGUGGGCUUGCUGCCACACUUCCUGCAGGGGGUGCGGCGAGGAACAAGCGCCGACAAAGAAAUAUAGAGGUAAUCAUCUAGAAGCUUUAUUUAUUUUGUACUUUCCACUUCGAAGAAAAACCAAAAAUUCAGAAGUUGUUGGAUUACUGCUGCUCUAAAGUUACACAUUUCUUUUGGGAUGUGUUGGUAGAUUGCUCAAUUAUUGUGCACAGUGUAAUUUUUUUUUUUCCAUUUAUCUUACACUGUAAUUAAAUUAGUAAUAAUAUUACUACCUCAACUACAAGUUCUGUACAACAGAUCUCUUGACCUGCUGACUAACAUAAGCCAUUUUCAGGCCUUUAAGAAGGCAUCUUCAUACGCUAUAUAAUCUGAGAAAACAGCCAAUGUUUUGUGACAUUUCACUUGCUUCCUUACACGAAUGGACGUCUGAGGAACAAGCAUGGAAAUUUCAUACAGAUGAUGUACCAGGGUUGUCAGAAAGUAACCAGCCGAUAAUAACCAAGUAGGAGGCGAUUUUUACCGGCAGCCAGGUACUUUUGAUAACCCUUUCAGAUGAACCACUACGCAGAUCUGGGUAGUGUUUGUGAUCAGUAUGCAAUUUCUGCACCCAGAUGUCAUUUUGCAGGGAAAGCAAUAAUUGAAGCAUCACAAAAUGUUGCCUUUUUUCACUGCUAACAUCAUUAUAGCUACUGUUCAUCAUUUUCCCUUAUCAACUUUAUUGUAAACGGUGAACAUUUAAAGUUGAAAGUAACCAAGUUAGUGCAUAGUCUAGUGUGGUUGGUGAUGCAUAAGGUUUUGUUGAAUGUAGAAUAAGGUUUCUUUUUAUUUAAGCAUUAAAAUAUUAAUUUUUUCUCAUGCAUUGCAUUAAAAUGUGUGAUUAUAUAUCCGUUAGAACCUUGGUAAUUCAAUAGGAGGAUCCUUGCCUCCCAUCAGCAAGUCAACAUUACCUCCUCUGUCUCGGACUCUUCCCGCACUGAAAAAAGAGCCGACAAACCAAGAGAAGAUACCUGUCAAUCCUCUGGACAUGUCUACACUACCUAAAAUAUCACAUGAAGACAGUGGUUAGUAUCUGUUAUUAAUAGUACAAAGAUGUAAUUUGUGAGUUCUGGCUUUACUUUAGUCUGUGUCACAGAUGAAACCAAACUCUGGUUAAGUGAAUUUGUGAACAGUCGCAGAAAUCCUUGUGCUGGGCCACCACCUUUGUACCAGGAUUUGAGUAUACUCCAUCAUUGGCCUGUUAAAAAAGCCAUUGUUGAUUUGCCAAUCAGAAUGUACAGAAAUUCCGAAGUCCAUUUCCGGUAAUUCGUUACGUCCAUUGGAAUUUGGGGGAAAAGAACAAGUAUAUCACCGCUGCUUUGCAGACAUUGCUAACCAGGGUUAGAUUACAUCUGCGAUGCAGGCUAACUCUGCUUUGGGUGUUCAUGAUUUUCUGAGUUUAAUCGACAGCUAGUAAACAAAAUGUGAGGGAGCUGCUCAAAUUCAACCCAGUUAAUAGUAGGAUAGAUCUGGAGUUGAAUUCUUGGGGAUGGUACUCAAGUUUAGUUCCUUCAUAACAUGUCAGAUUUGGAAAUUUCAUGUUGUGAUCGUGCAGUGACGGCAAGGAAACAUACCUGCGCGUGGUGCAUGUGCAAAACUUAUGUUUUGCUUAUCAAACCCAUUGCUUUUUUGAUAUUCUCAUUGCCAUCACUGUUGUCAUUGCUAAAGCUCCCUCAUGAGGGAAAGCCUGUAGUCCCUAAACUCUGAAAGAUUUUCAGGAUCAAAGAUUUUUUUUGUUAUGCACUUUAACAGGAGGUGACCAAAGACAGGACAAUAAGAAGUCAGCUGAUAAAAAAGAAACGAGGGUGGGUGAUUUUACUUUUAACAUUACAGCCUGAGGUCAUAAGUCCUUUGCAACUUCUCAUGUACAGUCACAGGGCAUGAACAGAAGUUGCAAAUUAAAAUAUUGUUAGACGUCAGUAUUCAAGGCGAGUACCUAAUGCUGUUUUUUUGGCCCAAUAAUCGUACUUGUUGAGUCCAAUAAAAUCCCGCUUAAAAGGCAGCUAGCAGAUUAAGAACCUACAUGUACACCUGAGUAUUGCCCUCAAGACACUUUUUUUGUAAGACACAAUUUAUCCCAAAAAUCGUCAAAGUUUCAUUACACAUACUACAAUGCAUUUGUCCUUCCACAUUUAUGUGAUAGCCCCUUGACACUGGCAUCCUUUUGCCUUGUCUCACAGUCUUCCCUAAUCAUAGGGACAUCUGCAUAGGGAGCUAACAUUUGAUUGCUGGUGACCAUUUUUAGGAAACUAAGUUCAGUAAAAAACAAAAGGAUGCUGAGAGCUCUUCUGGUAUACCAGAGAGUGAAGAGGAUGAGGAGGGGCACGAUGAAGGCCAAGAUAAGACGGACAAAGAGAAAGAAAAAACAGCUGCAGUCACCAAAGAGGAACCGAAAAAGGGUGAGCUGAUUCAAUAAACAAUCGGUAAAAUCACAUAUUUUUUUUGUCAAAAUAUGGGCGCUUAUGGGCGACUAGCUGGUUAGACCAGUCCAGUCCAAGGAGAAUUUCAGGUUUUAUCAGGAUUGCCCAUAAAAACUUAUCUCCAAAUCUAUAAACGGCCCGUUAACAAAGGGCCCGGACAAAUUUUUGAACGGACCAUUUUUUUUACCAGUGCAACCCGUUUACACGGGACGGUGUAGAUUCUGUUACAGAUUGCAGUACUGCUUACCGUUCAAAAACUUGCACGGUUCUGCGGGUCCCAUGUAAACGAAAAGCGGAUGCGUGCACGUUUUUGUCUGUUCAAAAAUUUGUUCGGGACCGGUAUAAAUUGGGUUCAUAGACGAACCUUAACUAAUGGCUCUCUUUAAUUUGUCCCGGGGGAUCAAGGACAAGGUUUUUACCCGUAAACUGCUGACAGAGAUGGUCGUUUUUUCUAAAUUAUAUAUUUUGUUGUUUUUUAUUUGUUCAUUACAAACGCAGAUGAAGAGUCCGAGGAGUCUAUGACCGAAGAUGAAAGUGACAGUGAAGAGGAAGGAGAAGAGUCUGCAGACAUAAAAAAUAAAACAGACGUGAACAAACCGCCCAAGGUCUCCUCAGAGAAAGAUGACAAGAAAGAUAAAGUUGCCAGUAAGAAAGAAGAGCACGAUGAUGAAGAAGAAGAGGAGGAAACGGGAGAAGAAGAUGAAGAAAGUGAUGAGGAGGAGGAUAGUUCCGAGGAAGGAAAGAAAACUGGCAAGAAUGAACAGCUUGAAGUUGUUGGGAAAAAAGUUGAUGUGACAAAAGUCGAGAAGAUGAAGAAGGAGGAGAAAGAGCAGGAUGAGGAAUCCGAGGAAGAAGAGGAAAGCGACGAGGAGGAAGAGGAGGAGGAGGAUGACAUGGAAGCUGAAGUGAGCAAAAAGAAGUCACAGCAUAAAAAAGCUGAGAAUGAAGGUGAAGCUAAGGGAAAAGGCAAAAAACCUGACGUAAAGAAGAAAAAACAAAAAGGGAAAGAGGAGAGUGAAGAAGAAGAAGAUGAAGAUGAAGAGGAGGAAGAAGAUGAGGAAGAAGAGAGUGACACAAAUGAAAAAACCAAGGAUAAAAAGAAAGGUAGAGUAGAUAUUUAAACUAGCCUCUUCCAAAUGUACUCAGGUUGUGGGGAUGGCUUCAAGAAAAGUGAGUAGGAAAAAUCACAGCUCUAGUCUCCACUAAUCAGAACACCUGGUAACGGCUAUGUGUGGUAUUUAACAAUUAUUCCUCUGAGUGAAUAGCCCAUGAGGUCGAAGGUCGAAUGGGCUAUUGACUCAGAGGCCAUGAGGGCGAGAGGAAUAAUUGUGUUAGUACAAUCCAACUAGUUUGUCAAAAAUAUCGAGACAAAACAACUUUAGCUAGUUAAAGACUUUAAUCGUUUUUUGCCGCCAAAAAGCCGGUGCUUGUCGCUACUAGUGGGCUAUAACAUACAUGUAUAGCCUAGUAGUAGCUCAACCAAUCAGAACGCAGCAUUGAUAACAGACCACUAGUUGGAUUCUACUAAACUAAGAUAGCUGUGAGGCAAUAGAGUACCGAAGUGAUGACGUCAUAAAAAUGAACUUUGUGAAAUUAUGGGAUUUGUUAAGAUAUUCUGAAAGAACAACGUCCAAGACGCCUACUCGCCAAAAAUUAGCAAUUCGGGCCAAAUUGUCUCUGAGAUAUUAGCCCAGUUAUGCUGUGACGAUUCCAUACAAAUCCUUCUAAAUUUGGCUUGGUUCAUAAGAUUAGGAACCAGGUAAGAUUUAGAAGGAUUUGUAUGGAGUCAUCGGAGCAUAUCUGGGCUAAUAUCUCAGAGACAAUUUGCCCCAAAUUGCUAAUUUUUGGCGAGUAGGCGUCUUGGACGUUGUUCUUUCAGAAUAGCUUAACAAAUCCCAUAAUUUCACAAAUUUCAUUUUUUAUGACGUCACACUUCGGUACUCUAUACCUGUGGUUCCUGUAUGUGCCACGUGACUGGUUUCCUGAGUUACCUGUGUUUUUACUCUGCUGAGUAUACAAGGAAAGAAAGAGUGUAGAAUCUCAAACAGCCGUCAAGAUAAGAAAAGAGCUAAAUACUGGUUCGUUUUGUAGAAAGCGUUGGAAGACAAAUUUUGAACUCAUUAAAGCUUGAUGUGGGGUCCGCUUAAUACAGGUUUCGCUGUAGUGUACUGUAGGAUAUCAUAUUUGUAAAUUCAAACAAAUCAGGUAAGAAUCCUAGCUGACCCUAGACCUAGACUGACCAGCACCAGCUUUCGCAAUUUUGUAAUUUGUUUACCCACGAAGCGCUUUGGAGCCCUUAAGAACGGGGUACCCGAAGAAAAACCUCCCGGAGCAAAGGAGAGAUCCAACAACGAACUCAACCCACAUAUGGCGUCGACGCCGGGAGGUGAACCUGGGCUACAUUGGUGGUAGGCAAGUACUCUCACCACUAGGCCAUCCUUACUCUUACUUGACCGUUACUCGGAAGUAAGGUGUAAGGGCUGAGGAGACGUUGAACUCAGGGCAACCCUGAACAGUUCCGAGCAGCCAGUGGCCAUAGUGGGAUUUAAAGCUACUGAGCGACAAAGGUACCACUCGGUCAUACUUUUCUUUUUCCGAUAUUUCAGACAAAAAGGCACAGGAUGAUAAGGACACGAAGACGAAGAAGAAGAAACAGAAGAAAGAGAAAAACGACGAGUCCAGCAAGAAGGACAAGGACGAUAAAAAGGACAAAAAGAAAACCAAGAAAGGAAAGGUAAGAGUUUUUGUAGGCCAGUAUCUCAGUAUUUUCGUUCAUAUCUUUCGAUUUCGUAGGGAGAUUUCAUAUUGAAAUGUGUAGAGCUGCAACAUUCGGUCAUCGGACAACCCAAAUUUGCCCAUUGUCCGACGAUUUCCUACCUGGUCCAUCUGCGUCUUUUUUGGUACAUGCUAUGUUUUAAGGUUUCGAGCGAUUAAUUUUUUGUUUCGCCUGACAGACACUUCCACGGGUUUUUCAACUUUUGACUGGGACCCGUCGGUGAGAAUCCAUCAACACAGCUGGAAAAAACGCUGUAAAAUCAGUAAAGUUGUCUAGUUUUAAAGUUAUUUGUUGAAAACUAACGAAGAUAUAGCUCCGCAAAGUCGCGGAAUUUUACAGACGUUUGUAUGUACUUACACCCCACCAUACAAACGUCUGUAAAAUUUCGCGAUCUUGUAGAACAAUAUCUUCGCUCUCUUUGGACUUGUGAUCUUUAAACUUACCAGGUUACGUUUUUACGGCCCUCUUUCCAGCAGUGAUGGAUAUUUGCUUACUGCUGUCUAUCAAAUGUUAAAAAAAAAACGUCUGAGGAUCCAAGCAGUUACCACUGUUGAAAUUUCCAUAAAUUUCGUGAAACAGCUCCUUUAAACUAAACGUAAAUUUUUGAACAAACCCUCCUCGAAAGGACCACAGUACAUUUAAACCCCGCUUAAUACGGACACGUCAUUAUUACGCACAGUUUGGUUUGUCCCUGGGGAAAGAAAGCCCUUGUAUUUUCUCUAAAUUUAACCCACUUAAUACGGACACCCCGUUAAUAUAGAGACACUUUCUAUGGCCCCCAAGUGUCCGUAUUAACGGUGUUGGACAGUACAGUCAAACCUCGCUUUACGGACACCUCAUUAUUACGGAUAGUUUGCUUUGCCCCUGGGGAAAGAAAGCCCUUAAUUCAUCCCCUUUAAUGCGGACACCCCGUUAAUAUAGAGACACUUUCUAUGGCCCCCAAGUGUCCGUAUUAACAGUGUUGGACAGUACAGUCAAACCUCGCUUUACGGACACCUCAUUAUUACGGAUAGUUUGCUUUGCCCCUGGGGAAAGAAAGCCCUUAAUUCAUCCCCUUUAAUGCGGACACCCCGUUAAUAUGGAGACACUUUCUAUGGCCCCCAAGGGUCCGUAUUAACAGUGUUGGACAGUACAGUCAGACCUCGCUUUACGGACACCUCAUUAUUACGGAUAGUUUGCUUUGCCCCUGGGGAAAGAAAGCCCUUAAUUCAUCCCCUUUAAUGCGGACACCCCGUUAAUAUAGGGACACUUUCUAUGGCCCCCAAGUGUCCGUAUUAACAGUGUUGGACAGUACAGUCAGACCUCGCUUUACGGACACCUCAUUAUUACGGAUAGUUUGCUUUGCCCCUGGGGAAAGAAAGCCCUUAAUUCAACCCCUUUAAUGCGGACACCCCGUUAAUAUAGAGACACUUUCUAUGGCCCCCAAGUGUCCGUAUUAACAGUGUUGGACAGUACAGUCAAACCUCGCUUUACGGACACCUCAUUAUUACGGACAGUUUGCUUUGCCCCUGGGGAAAGAAAGCCCUUAAUUCAUCCCCUUUAAUGCGGACACCCCGUUAAUAUAGAGACACUUUCUAUGGCCCCCAAGUGUCCGUAUUAACGGUGUUGGACAGUACAGUCAAACCUCGCUUUACGGACACCUCAUUAUUACGGACAGUUUGCUUUGCCCCUGGGGAAAGAAAGCCCUUAAUUCAUCCCCUUUAAUGCGGACACCCCGUUAAUAUAGAGACACUUUCUAUGGCCCCCAAGUGUCCGUAUUAACGGUGUUGGACAGUACAGUCAAACCUCGCUUUACGGACACCUCAUUAUUACGGAUAGUUUGCUUUGCCCCUGGGGAAAGAAAGCCCUUAAUUCAACCCCUUUAAUGCGGACACCCCGUUAAUAUAGAGACACUUUCUAUGGCCCCCAAGUGUACGUAUUAACGGUGUUGGACAGUACAGUCAAACCUCGCUUUACGGACACCUCAUUAUUACGGAUAGUUUGCUUUGCCCCUGGGGAAAGAAAGCCCUUAAUUCAACCCCUUUAAUGCGGACACCCCGUUUAUAUAGGGACACUUUCUAUGGCCCCUUACGUGCAUGUCCGUAUUAACGUAUUAACAGCACCAAUCAUAUUGUGCUUGAUAUAUUUUCAGGAGAAAGACAGUAAGAAAGAAGACGAGGAAGAGGAAGAAGAAGAGGAUGGUGAAGAGGACAAAGACGAAGAAACAGAAAAAGAGAAAGGAGAUAAAGAAGAAGAAGAAUCUAAUAAGGACAAAAAGGGCAAAAAAGAAGACACGUCAGGCAAAUCCGAGUCUGGAAAGAAAGGAAAGAAAUCAGGCAUAUGCGUCCUCUUGUGAGAAGAUUUUCAGAAACUUAACUGUUCUUCUGGGUGAAAACUUAGUGGAAGAUUCGUUUUAUAUGGAAAACACUUUUUAAAAUUUUAACCAAAUGACUGUGAUCUUGCUGACCGUUUGAAAACAUUUUAAAUGUUAUGCCGCCUAGCAUUCUGAGCGGCACGUGAAUCUGUGAAGGAA